AUGAGUUACUCAGAUCUACGUCAGUAUCUCCAUAAAGUAUUAUCCUGGUUCUCGUGCUCACCUCAUGCAUCAUCAGCCGAAAAAGCUUGGGAGAAGCUAUCCCAGGUCGCUGUGCAUGGUGCUGUAUACGACUCCCGUGAACGUCUGCCCCAUCCGAAAUGUCUGAAAGAUACCCGAACGACACUUCUCAAGCACAUUUACGAGUUUUUAGACAAUCCAGAGACAAGCCAACUCGUUUGGCUGCAUGGCACGGCGGGUGUAGGAAAGUCUGCUGUCGCAUUCACCGUAGCUGAAAGGAUGAGAGGUCUGAAAGCAUCAGAGGUGACGACUGUUGAAAAACGGCUGGCAGGAACAUUCUUUUUCUCGCGCACGAACACGAACCGCCGCACGACUGGAUGUUUCUUCGCAACCCUCGCCUAUCAGCUUGCCAAGAAUUUCCCCUCCGUUCGGAGUGACGUAUCCAAAGCUAUCAUUGAAAAUCCCGCCGUUCUAGAGCCCAACAGUUCUGUUCGCGAUCAGAUGGAGGCGUUGUUUCUCCGACCUCUCCGGAAGCUU